GCAGUGAGUUCGACCCACCAUGCCGACUGUCAGCGUGAAGCGUGAUCUGCUCUUCCAAGCCCUGGGCCGCACCUACACUGACGAAGAAUUUGAUGAACUAUGUUUUGAAUUUGGUCUGGAGCUUGAUGAAAUUGCUCCGUAGAAUUUGUGACAGCCCUGGCUGACCUCCGAGCAGAGGCUAGCUGUCCCAUCUGUCUGGACUACUUGAAAGACCCAGUGACCAUCAGCUGUGGGCAUAACUUCUGUCUCUCCUGCAUCAUUAUGUCCUGGAAGGAUCUAGAUGAUAGUUUCCCCUGCCCCUUUUGCCACUUGUGCUGUCCAGAAAGGAAAUUUAUAAGCAAUCCCCAGCUGGGUAGUUUGACUGAAAUUGCUAAGCAACUCCAGCUAAGAAGCAAGAGGAAGAGGCAGGAAGAGAAGCAUGUGUGUAAGAAGCAUAAUCAGGUUUUGACUUUCUUCUCUCAGAAAGACCUAGAGCUUUUAUGUCCAAGGUGCAGUUUGUCCACUGAUCACCAGCAUCACUGUGUUUGGCCCAUAAAGAAGGCUGCCUCCUAUCAGGAAAAAACUGGAGCAAUACAAUGCACCGUGGAAGGAGAGAGUGGAACUAAUUGAAAAAGUCAUAACUAUACAAACCAGAAAAUCACUGGAACUGAAGAAAAAGACAUCUGAGAAGGAAAUAAUAAGUAAAGAACAAGGUAAUGUAAAGGCAGCAGGAGCCUCUGAUGUUGUUCUUUACAAAAUUGACGUCCCUGCCAAUAGAUAUGAUCUCCUGUGUCUGGAAGGAUUGGUUCGAGGACUUCAGGUCUUCAAAGAAAGGAUAAAGGCUCCAGUGUAUAAACGGGUAAUGCCUGAUGGAAAAAUCCAGAAAUUGAUUAUCACAGAAGAGACAGCUAAGAUACGUCCUUUUGCGGUAGCAGCAGUUCUCCGUAAUAUAAAGUUUACUAAAGAUCGAUAUGACAGCUUCAUUGAACUUCAGGAGAAAUUACAUCAGAAUAUUUGCAGGAAAAGAGCACUGGUUGCCAUUGGUACCCAUGAUUUGGACACUUUGUCGGGCCCAUUUACUUAUACUGCAAAGCGUCCUUCAGAUAUCAAAUUCAAGCCUCUAAAUAAGACCAAGGAGUAUACAGCCUGUGAACUGAUGAACAUAUACAAGACUGACAGUCACCUGAAACAUUAUUUACAUAUCAUUGAAAACAAACCCCUGUAUCCAGUUAUCUAUGAUAGCAAUGGUGUCGUCCUUUCAAUGCCUCCCAUCAUCAAUGGGGAUCAUUCCAAAAUAACAGUAAAUACUAGAAAUAUUUUUAUUGAAUGCACGGGAACUGACUUUACUAAGGCAAAAAUAGUUCUUGAUAUUAUUGUCACCAUGUUCAGUGAAUAUUGUGAGAAUCAAUUUACGGUCGAAGCUGCUGAAGUGGUUUUUCCUAAUGGAAAAUCACAUACCUUUCCAGAAUUAGCUUACCGAAAGGAGAUGGUGAGAGCUGACCUAAUUAACAAGAAAGUUGGAAUCAGAGAAACUCCAGAAAAUCUUGCCAAACUUCUGACCAGGAUGUAUUUAAAAUCAGAAGUCAUAGGUGAUGGGAAUCAGAUUGAGAUUGAAAUCCCUCCAACCAGAGCUGACAUUAUCCAUGCAUGUGAUAUUGUAGAAGAUGCAGCUAUUGCUUAUGGAUAUAACAACAUUCAGAUGACUCUCCCGAAAACUUACACCAUAGCUAAUCAAUUUCCUCUUAAUAAGCUCACUGAACUUCUCAGACAUGACAUGGCAGCCGCUGGCUUCACUGAAGCACUUACCUUUGCCCUGUGCUCCCAAGAAGAUAUUGCUGAUAAACUUGGUGUGGAUAUCUCUGCAACAAAGGCAGUCCACAUAAGUAAUCCUAAAACAGCUGAAUUUCAGGUGGCACGCACUACCCUUCUUCCUGGCCUCCUGAAGACCAUAGCAGCAAAUCGUAAGAUGCCCCUUCCACUGAAACUGUUUGAAAUCUCUGACAUUGUAAUAAAAGAUUCUAAUACAGAUGUAGGUGCAAAAAACUACAGACAUCUCUGUGCUGUUUAUUACAACAAGAAUCCUGGGUUUGAGAUUAUUCAUGGGCUGCUGGACAGAAUUAUGCAGUUGCUCGAUGUGCCUCCUGGUGAAGACAAGGGGGGAUAUGUGAUCAAAGCAUCAGAAGGGCCUGCUUUCUUCCCCGGGCGAUGUGCAGAGAUCUUUGCCAGGGGUCAAAGCGUCGGGAAGCUUGGGGUCCUUCAUCCUGACGUUAUCACCAAAUUUGAGCUGACCAUGCCCUGCUCCUCCCUAGAAAUCAAUAUUGGACCCUUUUUGUGAAGAUUGGUCUCUGUGGUGUGAUUCUCUUCCCAGGUGUCCCUUUCUCCUCCCCUAGUGUCCUUAAGUCCUCCUCCACAGGGAACAUCUAUUUGGGCUUUGAUGUUUAAUAAAGUAGAAAGCACUGUCUGGCUGUGUGGGUAGAGACCACCCUUUCCCUGCAUAUUAGGCCAGCUUGUGCCAUAUACGAA